GGCGCAUGUUGAAUCAGCGGCUUGCUGUAGUUUAAGUAGUGUUCGAACAAAUUAAAUAGAUAACACAUGUCGGUAUUUCACGACGAAGUUGAAAUUGAAGAUUUUGAAUAUGACGAAGAAACAGAGACGUAUUAUUUCCCCUGUCCAUGUGGGGACAGAUUCGCCAUAACGAAGGAGGAUCUUGAGAAUGGUGAAGAAGUGGCAACCUGUCCCAGCUGCUCACUAAUAGUGAAAGUCAUCUAUGAUAAGGAUCAGUUCAUGUGUGGAGAAGUAAUUGAAGCACCAAAAACGGAAAGAAAAGUGGAGCUGGCCCAGAGCUGAGACAUGGAUGUAACGCCUAAUCUUCAACUCUGACAAUGGACUUGACACACACAGUUCUCAUUUCAUAGAGCUACUUGCUUCCAAAUACUUUGUGAGAAGCACUGCCUGGACGUCAUGGACACUUUUAGCGCCAAGAUAUUGCACAUAAAGUAGCCUUCUGUUGGUUAUUUAUUUUUUUAACUCUUUUAAAAUGGUUUCUGUUCUUAUUUGAAAAUAAAUUGUUGAGAAUUUGAGCACAAUUAUAUAUUUUUAUAUAUACACAAAACAAGGGACUAACAAUUAGAAACAAAAUACCACUUUUUUCUAACUUGACAUGAAUAAAACAGUAUGUUACAUAGGAUUGCUUUUUAAACACUAGAUGGCGGCACUUAAACAUACAUAUUAUGUCCAAUGGUCCCAUAAUUAUAUAGCCAUAUAUUACAGUUUACAAAGUAGUGUAGUAGCCCAGAUGUAAAUAUUUGUUUGAGGUAAGGCCAAGAAAACUUGUUAAGUGAAAUACGUCAAAAUAAUAAGUAAUGCACAAGACAUGCUGCAAGAUAACCUUUUUCAGUUAAUUAAAAAUUGCUUCAGAGUUUUUAGUAGGGCAAUCAGUUCAGACAUCAGGCCAAAUUCAAAAGGUUGAAUGUACCGUAAUGGCCGGCCACACCUCUAAUGUCAAUAUAAAUUAGAAUAUGUUACACUGUUUGUAGUGCACAUGCAUUAUCAGAACAUCUCAGAGCACAUUAGCAUAAGCCUUAAGGCAAUGCGCUGACAUAAUACUGUAUAUGAAGCUGUAUGCAAAGCUUUUACAUAAAUAACCCCAAAUAACAAAAUAUGUUGCGGCUGCAAAAAGCGGCUUUGUAAAAUGUUGCAUGAGUUGCCUUUAUAUUCCUUUAGCUCAACUAGAGUGUGAUCUUAUGACAUUUUCAACUGUAUAGAAUCUUAAGGAAGUCACUUUGUAUAAAUUCAAUUUACAUGCAAAAAACAGUUUUGCAUAUUUCAGUGUUUGCUGUUAUUAAUGGAGUUUUUUUAUAAUCAAAUAACCAUACAUGAAGAUUAAUUUUGAGUCUCAUCUAAAUAUAAAUAUAACACAGAUGCACAGUAAAAUAUGUUUUGGCAUGGUUAGUCCAACCCUGCACAGUAAUGUAUCCUAUUUGCAACUGCAUACGGUAUAUUCACAAAUCACAAUUUGGCUUUUAUUGAAUUUCUGUCAUCUAGAUUUUGUUGUACGGCCUGUCAGCAGCCAGUCGUGGUGAGUGCACAGCAGUAUGCUGCCCUUCAGAUGAUAUUGAAGGGCAAUGAUGACCGUGGCUUCCUUCAUGAGCCAGCAUCACAGACACUGCUCUGUCAAUAGCAUUUUAACUCUGUUUCUCACUGAGCCGAUCAGGGACGUGGACAGCUGCACACACACACUCCCUUUACUGAAAGAAUUGUCUUUAAAAGCAUAGUUAAAGGGAUAGUUCACCCAAAAAUGAAAAUUCUGUCAUCAAGUACUCACCCUUAGAUUGUUCCAAA